AUGUCUAAUUUUGAUCAAUCUAAGGUGAAAUUUAUCCCUGAAUCAAAUGAUUUACAAAUUGUUUCAUGUGCAUGUGAUUCCGAAGUGAGAUUAGCACAACUUUCUCCUACUGGUGGUUUAGCUUGCCCUACACGUCUAUUAGUCAAACAUAAUAGAGCAUGUCAUAAAUUAUCAAUCCCAAAUGGUGAACCAAAUCUUGUUCUGUCAGCUGGUGCCGAUGGACAAGUAUUUUCCAUAGAUUUAAGAUUUCCCAAAGCUCGCAAAUUAUUAUGGUUACCAUUCUCGGAAUUUUUCUCCAUUGCAUCUAAUCCAACACGUCCAUAUGAAUUUGCAUUGUGUGGUAGAUCGGAAUCGAUUGUACGAAUAUACGAUCGGCGUAAAAUUGAUAAACGAGAUCCAAAUAGUGGACUUUUGCAUACAAUCGGCGCAGAUCAUUUACGUGGAGAUCGACGUCGUACAGAUGAGAAUGGACUGGUAGUUCAAGCAAAUCGUCGAUUAAUCAAUUCAUGUCGAAAUCGUUUACAAUCUUCUCUGACUUCUGAUUCCGACUCGGAUUCAGCAGAUUCUAAUCAUUUAUUAAAUUCCUUGUCUGUACAACUUGGUCGUCGAAUUCGUGCUGUACUGAAUGGUUUACGAGGUCGUGCUCGUGCAGCUCUAUUGAUGGGUAACAAUGAUGAAGAUAUUCUUUCAACUGAUCCUUCAUAUAAUUUUGAAGUGACAAAGUACAGUGUCACAGCUGCUGUAUAUAGUGCUCAGGGUGAUUCUCUUCUCUUGUCAUAUAAUGAUGAGAAUAUUUAUCUGUUUGAUAUUAAUCAACCGAAUAAACCAUAUUUACACAAAUACUCUGGACAUCGUAAUAUGCAAACAAUUGUUGGUGCAACAUUUUUUGGACCAAAUAGUGAAUAUAUUGUUAGUGGUAGUGAUGACGGGUAUUUCUAUUUAUGGGAUCGUGAAUCCGAAGGUAUCAUUCAAUGGCUUCAUGCAGAUAUUGACGGUGCAGUGAAUGUGAUUGAAUCACAUCCUACUCUACCGGUUCUAGCUUCAGCUGGAUUAGAUUAUGAUUUUAAAAUUUGGACACCAUUAUGUCCGUUGUUUGCUGAACAAGAUGAAACAAUGAAUCAUUUAAAAUAUGCAUCAUCAUCAAAAGUUCAUUCCGAUGUUCUUCGACUUAGACAUUCACGUUUAGCAAAAGCAUUUUUUCCAGAUACUACUACUACUACUAAUCAAGAUACUAUUAAUAAAGAUAUUGAAUCGAAAUCUAAUAAUCAAAAUUUUUUAUCAAAUAAAUCAAAUUUAAAUUUUGAUCCAUCUUUAUAUUCAUCAUCAGAUGCUACUUUGUCAUCAUCAUCAUCCUCGUCGUCGUCCUCCUCCUCCUCUUCAUCGUCAACGUCAAAUAUGAAUAAUCAUGCCACUACUGAUAAUCAUCUCGAAACAUUGAAUACUGUUCAUGAUUCAAUAACAAAUGAAUUGAACAUUGAACAUUCAUCCUCAUCACCAUUGACAACAACAACAACAAUAAGAACCAAUAAAAAUUCACCACAUGUCAAUGGUUUAUCAUCCUCAUCAUCAUCAGCAUCAAGAAAACGACGUUAUUCAAAUACACUGAAUGAUGAUAUUCAUGUACAAAAUAAUAAUAGUAAUAAUAAUAAUAAUAAUAAUAAAAAUCAUGAUGACGAUGAUGAUGUUUCAAUGCUUGAAGCAGAGAAUAAUAUUAAUACAACCACAUCUAAUAUGAAUUCACUUGAUUGUCAUUAUUUAAGUAAACAACCGAAACGAGUUUCGUUUUGUUCAUCAAAUUCACUCAGUACUACUACUAAUACUACUAGUAAUAGUAGUCAUGUUAGUAGUAGUACUACUGCUACUACAACUUUAUCUGAUCAACUAUUAUCAUUGAAUAAUGAAACGCAUAAAAAUGAUCAAAAUAUCACAUUGAAUUGUAUCAAAAUACAUAAUAAUACUGACAAUAAUAAUAAUAAAGAGAGAAUUCAACCACGUUUACCUCAACAAUAUUUACCAUUCAAUCAAAUGGAUUUACAAUUGCGUGUUGCUCAAAACUGGGUGAAUCGUGCUUGUGAAAAUAGUCAAAUUGACGGGUUAGAUGAAGCGAAUUUCCGAGUAAGUAAAUGCUUUCCCAAUUUUUUUCGCCUACAAAGAUCAACAUUUUAUACAUUGAAUCAAUUAAGUAAACAAAAAUAUUUGAAUCGUUUUUUUAGUUAUCAGUUACAAAAAUUUAAGUCAGAGAAAAAGUGA